UCUUUCUCUCCUGCCUUUUUGCCUCCCGUGCGCGCCGUGGCCGCACGCCGUUUGAGCAGUGCCCAUCAUGGAACAUGAACAAGUACAGUUUAACGCACUGCUUCAGAACCUGCUGAGCACAGAUAAUGAAACAAGAAGCAGCGCAGAGACGGCCUACGAUGCGGUUCCUGCGAGCAACCGUGUGCUGUUCCUGCUCGGGGCCAUGGGCCCCUCUGCGGGACCAGAGGAGAUGCGGGUGCUGGCGGCUGUGCUGCUGCGGCGCCUGCUGUCAACAGAGUUCGACUCUAGCUUCCCCAAGCUGCCGGCCGCUAACCAGCAGCAGAUCAAGGAGCAGUUGCUGCAAAGCAUUGAAACUGAAGCAAGCAACACCAUGCGCAAGCGACUAUGUGAAUGUGCAGCUGAACUUGCUCGCAAGCUAAUUGACGACGAUGCCAACAACCACUGGCCGGAGUUUCUGAGAUUUUUGUUCCAGUGUGCCAGCUCCACCAACCCCUUGCUCAGAGAAUCUGCACUGCAAAUAUUCACGUCUGUUCCUGGAAUUUUUGGAAACCAGCAGAGCCGCUACAUGGAAAUGAUUCGGCAGAUGCUGGUGCAAAGCUUAGCUGAUGCAAGCAAUGCCAAUGUACGAUUUGCUGCUGUGAAGGCCAUCAUCGCUUUCAUUCUUGUGCACGAAAAGGAAUUGGCCAUUCAGAGGUUGUUUGUGGAUUCCUUGCCUGCAAUGCUUCAGGUGGUGUCUGAGAGUAUAGAAGGCUUGGAAGACGACAGCGUGCUCAAGUGCUUUGUUGACUUGGCUGAAGUGUGUCCACGCUUUUUCCGGCCCCAUUUGGACACCCUCAUGCAAGUGUUCCUCAGGGUAACUGGGGAGCCUUCCGCACCCGACACAUGGCGUCACCUGUGCCUUGAAACGCUGGUGACGUUGGCAGAGAGUGCGCCAGCCAUGGUGCGCAAACUGGCUGGUAGGCAUGUUGCCCAGCUAGUUCCCCAGCUUUUGCAUAUGAUGGUCCAGCUGGAGGAUGAACCCGACUGGGCUACCCAGGACGAAGUUCUUGAUGAAGACCAUGACAGUGAUCCUGUUGUUGGAGAGUCAUCCCUAGACCGUCUGGCCUGCAGCCUAGGGGGCAAGACCGUACUGCCACUGGUCAUGCAGUGCGUCACACAGAUGCUCAGCUCUGAGGACUGGCGGCAGCGGCAUGCGGCAUUGAUGGCAGUGUCGGCAGCGGGUGAGGGCUGUCACAAGCAGAUGGAAGGCAUGCUGCCGCAGUUGGUGGAUGGCAUCCUCAAGUAUCUUCAAGACCCUCAUCCCCGUGUGCGCUAUGCUGCCUGCAAUGCACUGGGCCAGAUGGCGACGGACUUCUCGCCUGGCUUUGAGAAGCGCUUCCACGACCGCGUGAUCCCAGGCCUUGCGCUGCUGUUGGAGGACCACAGCAACCCGCGGGUGCAAGCUCAUGCGGGCGCUGCGCUUGUCAACUUCUUUGAGGACUGCCCCAAGGUGGUGCUCCUACCCUACCUGGAUGCGGUGGUGCAGAAGAUCGAGGCAGUGUUGAAUAGCAAGAUGCGCGAGCUGGUCGAGAAAGGCACUAAGCUCAUGCUGGAGCAGAUUGUGGUCACUUUGGCUGCUCUGGCCGAUCGUGCCGAAGAGAAGUUCGUAGACUACUACGACCGCUUCAUGCCUUGCUUGAAGUACAUCAUCCAGCAUGCUGCCACCCCUGAACUGCAGCUGCUGCGAGGAAAGGCUAUUGAGUGUGUCAGCCUUAUUGGACUUGCUGUGGGCAGAGAAAAGUUCAUCGCCGAUGCAAGUGAUGUGAUGGACAUGCUGUUGAAGACGCAAACUGGUGACAUAGAAAUCAGUGAGGACAAUCCACAGCUCUCGUACAUGAUAUCGGCUUGGGCCCGGAUAUGCAAGAUCUUGGGCAAGCAAUUCGAACCUUACCUCCCAUAUGUGAUGGGACCAGUGCUGAAAGCAGCUGCACUAAAGCCAGAGAUAGCCCUCAUGGACAGUGAUGACAUGAAGGUUGUCGAAGGAGACGAGGACUGGCAGUUUGUCAGCUUUGGAGACCAGCAAAACUUCGGCAUCCGCACAGUGGGCCUGGAGGAGAAAGCAACAGCGUGCCAGAUGCUGGUGUGCUAUGCGCGUGAACUGAAGGAGGGCUUUGCAUCGUACGCCGAAGAAGUGGUCAAACUGAUGGUGCCCAUGCUGAAGUUUUACUUCCACGAUGCCGUGCGGUCGGCAGCGGCCGAGUCCCUACCCUGCCUCCUGGAGUGCGCUCGCAUUCGUGGCGACGCCUACGUGGCUGAGAUGUGGCAGUACAUCUGCCCUGAGCUGCUCAGUGCCAUCGACGGGGAGCCGGAGAAGGAAGUCCUGUCUGACCACAUGUCUAGCUUUUCACAGUGCCUGUCCGUAUUGGGCACAAAGUGCCUGUCAGAGGAACAGAUUAACACCUUGAUUGGGAUACUGGACAAGUACCUGAGGGAGCACUUUGAACGAGCUGACGAACGUCAAAUGAAGCGUAGGGACGAAGACUAUGAUGAGCUUGUGGAGGAGGAGCUGCUCGAUGAGGACGACGAAGACGUGUUUCUGCUGAGCAAAAUUGCCGACAUUCUGAGGCCACUGCUGUCUUGCUACAAGGAGGAGUUCUUCCCUCACUUCGACAAGCUGUUGCCCCAUUUUACGAGGCUGCUGGGUCCAGACCGACCGUGGCCGGACCACCAGUGGAGCCUGUGUGUUUUUGAUGACAUCAUAGAAUAUGGGGGACCGGCAUGCGAGCGCUAUCGGAACUGCUUCCUUGAACGGCUACUAGCACUGCUGACCAGCACUAGUCCUGAGGUUCGGCAGGCGGCCAGCUACGGCAUUGGUGUGCUGGCACAGUUUGGUGGUGAAGGCUUUGUCCAAACGUGUGUUCAGGCUGUGCCAGUGCUGGUCGCCAUGAUCGAAGCUCCGGACUCGAGGGCUCCCGAGCGUGUGUUUGCGACCGAAAAUGCCAUCUCUGCUGUCAGCAAGGUGUUGUUGUGGCGUUCCCAGGCCAUCAAUGCCGAUGAACUUAUUCCACGGUGGUUUUCUUGGCUGCCUGUCUGGGAAGAUGACGAAGAAAACCCACAUGUCUAUGGGCUGCUUUGCUCACUAUUAGAAGUAAACCAUCCGGCUUUGCUGGGAAAAGACAAUGCCAACCUUCCACGAGUGGUAAUGGUGAUGGCAGAAGCAUUUGCCAAGGAGGCAGUGGAGCCCAGUUCACCUGUUGGAGCUCGCAUGGUGGCUCUGCUGAAUUCUCUAAAGGGCAACGCACAGAUGUUUGCCAUGUGCUUAGCUCCACUAAGCUUGCCACAGCAAGAAGCGCUACAAAAGGUUCUUGGCGGAUGCUGAUGCCUUGACCCCAUAUUUAUUGGACUGACAGCCACUUUUAGGCAGCACACUCUGUGAAUAGGAUAAUUUUGUACAUUUGCCUAACAUUAGGUUUCUUCUGUGUGAUAAGUGCAGGCCCGUUGUCGUGGAGGCCCACCCAGCUUCCGGGUGGACGAAAAUAAAUGUGUGGAAGCAAAAAUACACAAAA